AUGUGCUUAGACAGCAAACUAGGAUACGGAUUACCUGAUGGUAAGCAAUCAGCAGCACCCAUGGACACUCGUUAUACCAGAGACCUUCAAGGCAACAAUAUAACGAUAGUCUUUCAGAGCGAUUUCCAAAACCUGAAGGAUUUGAAAACAUUACAAUUAUCAGAAAACCUUAUUCACACAAUCGAGAGAGAUGCCUUCUUAGAGCUGAACGCUUUGGAACGACUGGAUUUGAGUCGCAAUGAGCUGACUGCCAUAAGCCGACGGACUUUUAGAGGUCUGACGGCGCUGAAGAGUCUCCACAUAGAUGGAAACCAUCUCAAAUGCAUUGACGAGAAGGCCUUCGAAAACCUGAAGAGCUUGGAAGUGCUGACACUUAACAAUAACAACUUGACGUACCUCUCAUUGGAGCCAGUUGCGAUUAGUCGCUUGAACACGUUGCGACUGACCGACAAUCCUGUCGUAUGCGACUGUAGAGUCGCCAGGCUGGCGACUACAGUUCGCGCAGCUGGAAUCCUAGGAGUGGGUGCCAGAUGCCAGGCUCCAGCUGCUUUGAGGGGGGCACUCCUCACCGAACUGGAACCUCAUGAGCUGAUUUGCAGCGGUCCAACCACAACGACGACGGUAGAAUGUUCAGCAGAACCUCGUUGUCCUCCUCCGUGCCGCUGCACUCCUGAAGGCACAGUGGACUGCAGGGAGAAGCUGCUCUCCGAACUACCAUCCACCAUUCCUCAUAGGGCUACGGAAAUCCGGCUAGAACAGAACGAGAUAACAGAAGUUGGCGCCGGCGCUUUCGCGUCAGUGAAGCGAGUGGCGCGAAUAGACCUGUCAAAUAAUAAGAUCACGAAGUUAGCCGCAGACGCGUUCACCGGACUUGUGCACCUAACUUCAUUGUUACUCAAUUCAAACGAGAUUACAUGCGUCAGAAAGGACACUUUCAGAGAUUUACAGAACCUGAAAUUACUAUCUCUAUACGAUAACAACAUAAGGUCGCUACCGAAUGGAACAUUCGAUGCCUUAACCGGGAUUCAAACUCUACAUUUAGGUCGGAAUCCUUUCGCCUGUGACUGCUCCUUACGAUGGCUCGCUGCUUAUUUGAGGAAGAACCCUAUUGAGACUUCUGGAGCUAAAUGUGACUCUCCUAAGCGGAUGAGCAGAAAAAGAAUCGACGCCUUAAGAGAAGAGAACUUUAAGUGCAAACCGGGUGAAGAGUCAGCGAAUGCGUGUGGGUCGGCGGCGGCGUGUCCGGCCGCGUGUGCGUGUGAGUACGGCGCGCGCGCUGUCAGCGUCGUCUGCGCACGCGCAGCGCUCACUGAGGUGCCGCGCGACCUGCCUGUCAAUACUGAUGCGCUGUUGAUGUCAGACAACAGUUUGGGUCAGAUCAAGUCUGACGGUCUGUUCGGAAGACUGCCAGACCUAACCAAGCUGGACCUUCGUAAUAACGGCAUAACUGUGAUAGAAGAUAAUGCAUUCGAUGGUGCAGCUAACAUCCAGGAGCUGUUGCUAGAUGGAAAUCUUCUGCAAACGGUCACGGAUAAGAUGUUCUUUGGAUUGCAUAGUUUGAGCGUUUUGUCGCUCACGGAUAAUAAAAUCAAAUGCAUCACUCCAGGGGCCUUCGAUCAUCUCACAUUGUUGUCCACUUUAAAUCUGGAAUCAAAUCCCCUGGACUGCACCUGCCACAUAUCUUGGCUGCCCAACUGGCUUCGCAGCCGUCGACUGUCUCCAUCAGCCACCUGCCGUUCACCAGCUGCGUUGAGAGACGCCAACUUGCAUCAUUUAGAAGUUUCUGAUUUUAAGUGCACCGCGGAAGAUAAGGGCUGUUUGUCAUCGGACUAUUGUCCGGCUCCGUGUGCCUGCACGGGAACUGUGGUACGAUGUUCCAGAGCACAACUGACCUCGGUACCACUGAACAUACCGAAACAGACGACCGAACUCUACCUGGAAUCGAACGACAUAGCAACUAUAUUACCGGACCAGAUCCGCCAUCUUACCCAGCUGACGCGCCUCGACCUGUCCAACAACAAGAUCAGUGUCAUCACCAACAACACAUUUGAAGGAUUAACCAAAUUGUCAACUUUAAUUGUCAGUUACAACAAGCUGAGAUGUGUACAGCGCGACGCCCUCAAAGGUCUCACUCAGCUCAGAGUGCUGUCACUCCAUGGGAACAACAUCUCCAUGCUAGCUGAUGGUGUCUUCAGGGACCUGGAAUCUAUAUCCCACGUAGCUCUAGGUUCGAAUCCCUUAUACUGUGACUGCAAUUCCCGCUGGCUCUCCGAAUGGGUGAAGUCUGCCGGCGAGUAUGUGGAGCCUGGUAUAGCUCGGUGCUCAGAGCCGGCCGCCAUGAGGGACAAGCUAAUAUUAAGCACUCAAUCCAGUGCUUUUGUAUGUAAAGGAAAACCUCCGGCAGAAGUGAUAUCGAAAUGCGACAGUUGCUAUAGCAACCCUUGUCGCAACGGCGGGUCGUGUCGCGCGCGCGGCGCCGGCGGCCACGAGUGUCUGUGUGCGCGGGGUUACCAUGGCGACCAGUGUCAACAUCAGAUCGACGCCUGCUAUGGGUCCCCGUGUGCGCACGGACUGUGUCGAGUGCUCGAGGAGGGUCGAUUCCACUGCUCCUGCCAGGCGGGGUACACAGGAGCUCGCUGCGAGGUCAACAUUGAUGAUUGCGUUGCUAACAAAUGCCAGAACAACGCCACAUGUGUCGACCAUCUCGAGGGAUACUCCUGCAAAUGCGCACCUGGAUUCAUGGGAGAAUUCUGCGAAAAGAAAAUUCCUUACUGCACGAAGGAGUUCAACCCUUGUGAGAACGGUGCAGUGUGCACCGACCACCACAGUCACUACACAUGCACUUGCCCCAAGGGAUACUCCGGACAGAACUGCACGAUCAACGCUGACGAUUGCAUCAACCAUAUGUGCCAGAACGGCGCGUCCUGCGUGGACGGUCUAGACGAGUACAGAUGCGCGUGCGCAGCCGGGUACGCGGGCCGGUACUGCGAGGCUGCGCCCCACGCCGCGCUCGGGACUUCGCCCUGCGCACACCACGACUGUGUACACGGAGUCUGCUAUCUGCCACAGCCGAGACCACUGCAGGACGAUAUUAUAAUGGAGCGCCCUCUGUUGAGCACCGCUAACGACUACCUGUGCAAGUGUGCGCCCGGAUAUUCAGGUCGUCUUUGCGAGUACCUGACAUCUCUGACGUUCAGCCACAAUGAUUCCCUGGUGGAACUGGAGCCGCUGAGGACCACACCUCAAGCCAAUGUCACGCUCAUAUUCAGUACGACCCAGCUCCAUGGAGUGUUGAUGUACUUCGGGGAGAACGAGCACCUGGCGGUGGAACUCUUCAACGGGAGGAUACGCAUCAGCUACGAUAUUGGAAACCAUCCAACUUCCACCAUGUACAGCUUCGAGAUGGUCUCUGACGGUAACUACCACAAGGCGGAGCUGAUCGCCAUCAAAAAGAACUUUACCCUGAAGGUGGAUGAUGGACCGGCGCGAUCUAUUAUCAAUGAAGGCCCGAGCGUACGGCGCGUAGCGUUCCGCGCGCGUCUCAAAGAGCCAAUAGACCUCCACAGACGGGGCCCUAAAGGGCUGAUGUUCAGCCGGGGUUGCGGGGCAAGCGCAAUAAGGUACCGCGACCUCGGCACAGAGCAGGAGAAGGAACAGGGGGGGUCCAAGGAGUACCUCCGUCUUGAGAGACCGAUGUAUCUUGGAGGGGUUCCAGAAGACAUCGCCAAGGAGGCCUUCAGCAAGUGGCAUCUACGGAACAUUACCAGUUUUAAAGGUUGCAUGAAGGCUGCAUGGAUAAACCACAAGCGUGUGGAUUACGUGAACGCUGUGAGAGUGCAGAGGACUUCCGCUGGAUGUGGGGAGGAUGAGCCCUCCACCUCUAUGGCGGCUACUGUCUUCGUCCAAGAGGAUGCCGGAAGACAUAACCAGGACCCGUGCGUGCCGAACCCGUGCGCGCGUGGAGGUCGCUGCGUGCGGGAGGAGGGCUCGCCCUCCGACUACACGUGCCGCUGUAGGGCGGGCACGGCCGGACCUCAGUGCGAGCUCAGGGCCUCCAUCAGCGGUGCCCCAGUCAUAACUCAGGGCAGCAAGAUGCAGCAACGGAAGCAAGCCAUCAGUAACGUCCAAGCGUCACCAGCGGCCCCGUCUCACAAGCAACAGAUGCCUUCUGAGCACGCCCCCUUACAGCCCACUCCGGCUACAGGAGCUUGCAGAAAGGAGGCGACCCGCGAGAUCAUAACGGAGGGCGCGUGCAGGUCGCGGCGCGCGGUGCGCGGGGCGCGCUGCGUGCCGCGGGGGGGCGCGCUCUGUGGGAAGGGACACUGCUGUGCUCCACGGAAGACUAAGAAGAGAAAGAUAAGAUUAGUCUGCUCCGACGGAACGAGAUACACCAAAGAUAUAGAAAUAGUCAGGAAGUGUGCUUGUGGAAAGAAAUGCGCAAGAACCACCCCAUUCCACUGA